AUGGAAGACCAGGCGGCGAUCGUUAUCCGACGUCCAUAUGUUUCACAGGAGAGUACCAUUCACCUAAUACAGCAGGCUGUUGUUGAAGAUCCUUCGCAUUCACGUCGAUUUCGACAACGACCACCUGCUGACUGGUUCAAACGGCAUACAGACCUACGGAUAUCUCAGAAGUUCGGACAGGGCGGUUUGUUGGAGUUCGCUCGACAGCGUACUGCAGUUCAAUGUGACGAAGCAGCUAAGACUCAAGGAUAUCAAGGUUCUAUAACGGAUUUUAUAAUCAGCAAAUUUGGUAAUGAUGCUUUACUUACUUGGGACAUAACCAAGUCUGCAGAUGCGGGUUCUGAGGAUACAGCUUACUUUAUACAGGUGGAGAGAUUCAUAAACGGCACAUGGGAAGUGACAGACCAGAUAUUCGGUGUAAGCACCCCAUUUGCGUCUGUUCCGAUCACUCCUUCCCAAAAAUACAAGUUUCUCGUUUGCAUAGAUCACGAAGGAUCUAGGUAUUCGUGCGAAGAGAAGGAAUUUUCAGUUGAUCCUCUUGAAGGAUCAUCUCUAAAAAAUAUUCGAAUGGAGUUUACAAGUACUUCAAUACCCAUUAUAAGAUUUUCGUUUUCAUCGGAAGAUGAGGCCGAAUGCGAGGCUUUCCUUUGUACUAAUCCACUGAUCGGGAGGGAGUGCAAGAGAGAAGCAGCGGAGAUAACAUUAGAUAAGGUCAUUUUCGACGAGAUGCUGCGUGAGCAUGCUAAAUUCUACACGACUAUUGGUUGUUUUUCAUCAACGGGAAUGUAUCCCCGAAGUCCAUGGAUCAUGUUCGUGGUGCCAGAAUUAUUCACGACUUUCUUACCCAAGAAGAUGCAUGCACUUGAUUUUUAUCCUCUGAAGUACGGAUAUUUCAAAAUGGAAUAG